AUGGCCGCAGGUAAGAAGGCUAAGGCCAAAGACAAGGGCAAGGCAGCCACCAAGAAGGUUAAGAAGGGGAAGAGCCCAGAAGUCACAGAGACACAGACAACUACAACUACUCCUGCUCCUGGCAGCCCUGAACUUACGGCGCAGGAACCAGAGCAAGUAAAAGAGCCUCCUGUUGACACAUCAGAAGUAAAGACGCCACUUCCUGUAUCAGCAUAUGAGGUAUUUGACGACGACACAACACAAGACAAUUCAAAGCCUGUCGCAGAUCAAGCACCUGUACUUGACAAUCCUGUUUCUGCAUACCAGGUAUUUGACGACGACACAAUACCUCAACACAGUGCCAAGCCUGUCGCAGACCAAGUUCCUGUACUUGACAAUCCUGUAUCGGCAUACCAAGUAUUCGACGACGAGACUACACCUCAAGAAGACAGUUCCAGGCCUGUCGCAGACCAAGCACCCGCACUUGACAAUCUCGUCUCAUCGUACGAGGUACUCGACAACGACACCACACCUCAAGACGGUUCCAAGCCUGUCGCUGAUCAAGCACCUGUACUUGACAAUCCUGUAUCCGCAUAUCAGGUAUUCGACGACGAGACCACACCUCAAGACAGUUCAGAACCUGUCGCAAAUCAAGCACCGCCUGUGAUUGACAAUCCCGUACCAGCACACGAGAUACUUGACGACAACACUGUAUUUGCACCUCAAGGCGUCCCCGACUCUGUCGCAGAUUCAAAAUCCCCUGUACUCGAAACCCCUUUAUCACCAGACAAGGUGUUCGACGAAGUACCUCCACACAAAGACAGCUCCGACCCUGUCGUAGAUCAAUCACCGCCGAUAGUCGAUAGGAUUGUCGACGAAGCACCACAUUUGGACGCUCCACACUUGGACGCACUACAAUUGGACGCACCUCACUCGGACACACCUCACUUGGACGAAUCAAGCUCAACUCAGCCUCCCAUCGAGGACAGUGAAACCAGAGAGUCGCCUGUGGAAGAAGCAAGUUUGAUUCAGGCUCCUAUUGAGGACCAAGAGCCAAAGAGGGACUUGGAAGAUCAUACCAAGCAAGACCAACCCAAUCAAGUUGAGCGCCCUGGAGAGGCGACUGUAGUCUCAGCAGCACCGGUUGACCCAUUCUCCCCUGUGGCCGCCUGUGUCCCCUUGCCUUCACCAUCAUUGACUGAAGCACGGUAUAUGUCAAGCCCCUCCCAGGAGCACCAACAUUAUUAUCCUGGACCAUAUUCUCCUUACGCUUCGCCUGUCCCAUACCCUGCGCAAGCACCUUACACAUCGCCAAACGCCUACGCUGCACAACCAGGCUACGCGUCACCAACAGGCUACGCUUCGCCAGUGCCAUACGCAGCCUCCCCGGUACCGUACACUUCGCCAAACGCAUAUUCUUCACAAGUACCCUACGCCUCACCUGCGCUGUACGCGCCAGUGCCUUACGCUGGUUCCCCGGUGCCCUACACCUCAUCCACACCCUACGCUGGCUCUCCGGUGCCUUACGCCUCAUCAGUAGCUUACACUUCCUCACCGGUGCCUAAAGUCAGCAGCCCACUUGCACGUUCUCACUACCCUCAAAUGUCUCCAAAUAUAUCACCAACUGCAACCCCUCCACCUCAGAAUCUACCAGCAGCACCGAUGGCUCCCCCAGAAGCGGCGCCUUCCAUCGCCCAAAGUGGGCCGCAUUCUCUUCAAUCUCCUGUCAUGAGCUCUGCUGGCAUGAUACCUCCUUAUGGAUAUUAUUCUCCUCAUCACCAAUCAGAGCCCCAUUAUAUGAGCCGGGGCUACAGCAUCCCAGAUCCAUCAUAUCAGGCGUCAUACCAGGCCCUUCAUAACCUGUCCAUGGCCAACGGCCAUGCCUACGAGAAUGGAUCUCCCCCAGAAAAUGACACUGAGCACAUUGAGCUUCUUCAACGUAUCCAGUCGGCCAUUCCAGACAUCAACCGUCUUCUUCAUGGGUUCCGCAACACACACAGCAAGCUCUCAAACCGGGAGGCUGAGAUGAAACAUAUUGGAACCCAGCACGAACAAGCUUUGAUUCACAAGGAGUACUACAUCGAAGCUCUGCAAGCCCAAAUGAAGAAAGCUGCCAAUGAGAGUGCCGAAGAAGGCGCUAAAUUAAAGCAUACCAUUAGUGAGCUGCGUCUCGAACUCGGAGAUCUGCAAGAGAAGCAGAAGGACCUUGAAGAUGGCUUGGCUGUCCACCAGAAGUCCAACGAGGAGCUUACUGAAACCAAGGUCUUGCUCGAGGGACAGAUCAACCAGCUCAAUGAAAGCAUCAAGGAGUCAAAGGAAGCCCACGAGAAAGACCUGGUGAUCAAGAAGGAGGAGCAGGAGAAGGCUCUUGGGGCACAGAAGGCAGAGCUCACCGAGCUGUUUGAAGAAAUCAAGACCGAGGAUGAGAAAACUGCAGCAGAGAACUUGGAGACUCGUGAGCGCGAACUUCGCGCUGAACACGAAUCUAGUCGGGGCGAAUGGGAGAAGGAGAAGACCCAAUUACAGGAAUCCUUCGAGGCCCAGCGCACCGAGCUGGAGGCCACCAAGACAGAAGUGACCUCCCAGAUCGCUGCUUUGGAAUCCAAAGAGACCGAGCUCCAAGCCCGACUCACUGAACUCACAACAACACGUGAAGAGCUCGCAGCCAAGCUAGCAGAGCUGGAAGAAACCCACCAGAAGAACGCUCGAGAAACGGAAGAACUCCGACAAGGUCAUGCUGGUGAAAUUGACUCCCUUCGACAAUCACACGACGAACAACUCGCUGCUGCUGCUAAAGAGUUGGCUGAUAAAAUCGCCGCUCUAGAAGCCCACUUGAAUGAGAAAGAGCAGCUUUGGACUGCGGAACGCACUGCCCUGGAGCAAAAGCUCUCCGAGAGAGACAGUGAACUUGCCAGUGCCGAGCGAGAGAAGGAAAGAUUGGAAGGAGACGGAAUUGUCAAGGAGCAGCAUCUCCAGCGUGCCGUAGAUGGGAUGCGAAUGACGAUUGAUAACCUGGGUGGUGAUUGCGACAGGCUGAGAAAGACACUCUCCAGCUUGGGUGAGGCCACUGACCUCAGAAACACCAAGGGCGACCAAUUCUUCUUGGACUGCUUCACUGAGCUCUCGCAGCUCAUCCACAAUCUAUCCAAAGAGCAUUUCGGAUAUCUCCCCAUCGAUCCUCCAAAAGACAUUCUUUCCAAGAUUCCAUCUGAACUCCCACCUUUCCUUGACAACACUCCAGCAUCCCGCGAACUCCGAUGUGCCUACAUCCAGCACAUCAUCUCAAAAACCCUAACCUUCCGAGUCUUCCAACCCUUCCUCUUCACCUUGGGCCGACGCUACGACAAAGCCGACACCUUCUUCCAGAUGCUAUCCAUGGACAUCCGACGCAAGUCCGUCCGCCGUGAGGCAUUCUGGCGUCAACAGACCCUGAAGGCAGCCUACACGACCUCAGACGCAAAACAAUCAAUCAACGUAGCAGCAGCAGUCAUCGUCGACGAAAUCAUCGACCACAUCAAGCACUUCGCCGACCCCAAGCACCUCGACUCUCUCCUAAUUGGCGUCCGAAAGAUUGUCAAGCUUGCCGCUGAGACAUGGAGACACGCGCGUGUCGAACGCGAGCUCGUCCUCGCCAAUUUCCCCGCCCCGGAUGCAGAGAGUAUCUCGAACGAGGGCUGGCUGGAGUAUGCUGCCAACAAGGAUCAGAGCCCCAUCCCGACCAACGAGCCCACUCGUCAUGUCGUGCUGCGUAUCUUCCCGCGCAUUACGCGUGAGGCGGCUCAUGAGGACUUUGCUACCGAUGAAGAGAAAGCGACAGGCUGCACUUACUCGCAGGGUGUUGUGCUUUACUCCGACUCGCCGGUCAUUAUGGAUCGUCUUCAGGAGUUUGCGAAGAAGUCUACGGAUGCUCUGAUCACUGAGUCGCCUCCUAAGACGCCUUUGGCUGUCAAGGCUAUUGACAGGUUGGCUCAGACUGAAGCCUCCUCGCCGAAGGUUAUGACUGUUCGAUCAGCUCCUACGAGCCCAAAGGGUCAGUUUAGGAGUCUGUGA